CAGGGCUUUGUCGAACGAACAACCGACAUCAUGCAUGCCAUGGCAUUUCACACAGGUGUCACCGAAACGAUACUCUUCGAGGGAUGGAAGACGAAUAGUUGGCAAGGAAUCGUCGGUUCUAUGAUCGGCAUCGGUCUUCUUGCAGCUCUUUAUGAGGCCCUGAAGAGUUACAGGGAACAUCUCUAUAUCGCCAAUGCCCCAACAAAUCCAUUGAAGGAAAAGGAACAGAAGACGAAAAGUACAAGGGAGUACCUACUAUCCGGAGUGCACUUUUUGCAGACAUUUCUACAUGCAGUGCAGUAUGUACUCGGCUACUUCUUGAUGUUAAUUUUCAUGACAUACAACAUUUGGUUGUGUCUUGCCAUGGUUAUCGGUGCAACACUCGGAUAUUGGUUCUUCUCGUGGGAAAAAUUCAAUCCCGACGUUUCCGGAUGUUGCGAUUGAAGACUGCAAAUAAUAAGUUCAACGCCAAGAGGACUUGCAACAAUUUUCAAAAAAGGAACGCCGAAAUAUUUUGAGAAAGAGGCGUUUAAGAAUAGGGCAAAUGUCCUACGUCAGCAGCAGUCAAGCUAUUUGCUGCGAAAA